AGGAGGGAGCUCUGCUUUAGUUUUUCCUCCUCCUCCCUCUUACGCCUCCUCCCCCUCCUCUUCUUAUCAGUAAGUGUGCGGUGGAGAGACAGAGAGGGGAUCAGUGGGCGAGUGGACCAAGGAUUAACAACUUUGACCGUGGACAUGGGGGAAGAGGGAAAAGGAAAUAGACCAGGAAUGAGAGAAAAGAAGUGAAGAAGCUGCCAAAUAAAGAGCAAAAGAAUAAAAGAGAGAAGUUAGGAUCUGAAAAAGGAGUAAGAGAGCGCCCGGAGCGAGGGCUGCGUGAGCACUUGUUCCUGGAUUUGGGUGGACUCUGCUAAAAAGACUUGACCAGCACAGCCAUCAUGUACAGUGGAUAUGGAGGGAGUCCAUCCCGAACCCUCUCCACCAUGUCGCUGUCUGUUCGCCCCACCAGGCGCCUCACCUCCAGAUCCAUCACUAGGAGCCAGAGCUUCACUGGAGUCAACACUUACGACAAGGCCUACAGGAACCUCUCAGUGUUCAGCACUCCAGGUCUGAGCAGGAAACCCAGCAGAGCCAGCAGGAUGUUCAACACGUCCAACAAGUCCAACCCACCACCCAAAGUUCCUCAACCAGAGCGCCUAGACCAGGUCUACGAGGCGCUGAAGAAGGGCCUCCAGUCUUACCUCCAGGUUUAUCAAACAGACCUGGACGGCCUCAGCAGACAGAUGAAAGAAUCCAAGAGGAACUCCAGACUGGGUUUCCUGUAUGAACUGGACAAGCAAGUGAAGGUGACUGAGAGGUACAUUCGACGCCUGGAAUUUCAUCUCAGCAAGAUUGAGGAGCUAUAUGAAGCGUACUGCCUGCAGAGGAGGCUCAGGGAUGGAGCCAACAAGAUGGUGAAGGCGUUCACGGCCUCUCCGGUCAGCAAGGAGGCCAAGGAGAGUUUAACAGAAGCCAACAAAGGAUACAAAGAGUACACAGAGAACAUGUGUGUGUUGGAGAAUGAGUUGGAGAACCAGCUGGGGGAGUUUCAUAUUAAGAUGAAAGGUCUGGCUGGAUUUGCAAGACUGUGUGCUGGUGACCAGUAUGAGAUCUUUAUGAGGUACGGUCGGCAGCGGUGGAAGCUCCGGGGCAGAAUAGAACUCAAUGGCAAGCAGGUGUGGGACAGUGAAGAGAUGGUGUUCAUGCCUCUCAUCAGCGAGUUCCUCUGUGUGAAGGUGACAGAGCUGAAGAGCUUAGCCAAUCACGUGGUAGUAGGAAAUGUUUCCUGUGAGACGAAGGACCUUUUUGCUGCGCUGCCGCAGACUGUUGCUGUGGAUAUAAACGACCUUGGGACUAUCAAGCUGAGCCUGGAAGUCUGCUGGAAUCCGUUUGAUAAAGACGACCAGGGCUCAGUGGCAAGCAGCGUCAACAAAGCUCCAAGCGUCAAUAAGAGAUUCUCAACCAUCUUCAACCAGAGUCCACCUGACACGCCGUCCUUACGAGAACAAGCCUUCUAUAACAUGCUCCGCCGUCAUGAAGAGUUGGAGAACGGAACAGCCUGGUCAAAUUCAUCGGAGUCCUCUGAUGACUCCUCCAGUCCUCAGCUAACUGUAGGAGGGCUACGCGACAGCACACAUCACAAGGGGGUAGUGGUGACACCAGAAGUCCAGCCUGCUGUAACUGGAAGUUCUUACCCACAGCCUGAAAUCUCGUUCUGCCUUCGAGACUCCUCCACCUCAACUCCGAUCUCCACCAACAGAGUUAGUGCAGCCGCCGAGAUCGCCAACAAACACCGCACAGACAGCGACAGGCGAGAAGAGAAGGUGACAGUCACUGUGAGGACAAAACCUACCAGUGAGGAGGGCGAGGCAGGACGACAGUCUCCCAUAGAAACAGAGGAUGGAGUAGCCACAAUAAGCCUCACCUCUCGUAACUACUCGCGCUCUCUGAGCCACAUUAGUGAGAGCAGUGCUGAUGGUAUUGUGUUGACUGACAGGUCAGCAGGUGAAUCAGGGGAGGUGAUGUCUUUGGCCUCUGUGCUCUCUGUCAAUGACAUUGAGAUGGAGAUGAACAGCAGAACUUCAGAGAAGCCCAGCUCUUCUGCCACAGACACUGAAACAUCACCGCAGAGACUUAUUGCUGUCCAUGAAGACAAGUCAGCUGACAAUGUAGCAGAUCAACAUCUGGAAGAUGCAUCCAGCUCUCUCCUAACUCCCUCCUCUUCCAGCUCAGGAGGAGAGGACUCUACCACUCCAUCGCAAACAGACACAGACUCACACACAAAGUGCAACACACUGCCGGAGAGCACAGAUGUAACAUAUGUCGCCCAGCUGGUGGCGGUGGAGGAGGAGAUUUCAGGUGCAGGGGAGAGUGAGAGUCCUGUGGACAGCGGGCUGGAGGAGGCUCUGGCAGCUGUAGUUUCCUCUCUGGAUGAUUACAGAGGACAGUUCCCCGAGUUACAAAUACUGGAACAAGAGCUGAAGCUCCUGCAGGUUACACUGAAGGGUGGUAAGCACAGCCGUUCCCCCAGCGUGGUCAGCCUCACGGUGGAAACAGCUCUGGGAAGCUUUGACUUCCUCAACACGUCUGACUGGGAGGAGGAAGAAGAGGAAAAGAGCGACAAGAGGAGUAGGAACGGGAGGUCUCUGCAGGACAGAGGCCGGGACAGUCCCUCCUCCCCUUCCACCCCUCUCACAACAGGCUGUAUGACUCUAGACUGCUCCCUGGUGGUCCAUCUGAAGAACUGCUGCACACAGCUCCUGCGUUUGGGUACGUUUGGUCCUCUGCGCUGUGGAGAAAUGUACGCCUUAGACCGACUGCUGAGAGAGGCUCGAGUCCUUGAAAUCAUCCGUCGCGCCACCAAGGACAACCCGCGGGACCUGAGACAGCCGAAUGAAGUGAUACCACAGCUUGACCUGUGUCUGGGCGCUGUGUUACUAUGGCAACAGUGUGUGGGUCAGGGCAGCGUGUACAGGGUCUCUGCGGAGAGCUUCCUCUCUGCGUUGUCCACCCUUUACUCCAACAACCUGCCUCAGAGGGCCAGCAGCAUGGCAGACACAGUGUUCCUGUGUAUGGCUGAGCGGGUGCUGGAUCAGAGGUUACCACGGCGAGAAGGCAUCAGAGCAAGUGUGACGGUGACACUGUUCCAGCUGUGGAGUUACCUGGAGGCCAACAGCAUCACAGACAUAGAGACACACGUCAAUGAGUUGGCAGAAGAAGUGUGGCUGGUGCAGAGCUUGGCGUCAUGUGAGCCAGAUGUCAUUGUGCACGCUCUGCGGCAACCUGCAUCAUGCAGUCUGAGGAGGGAGGGACUUCACGCCGUGGCCAAAUUACUGAAAGACCCUCGAGGAAAAGUAUCAGCAUCUGCCAGCUCUGUGCUGAGAAGCCUGAAUACACAGCCCAGACAGAGAGAGCAGGCGCUGGUCAUUUGUUUGGAGCUGCUGGAAGACGACAGUGUGCACACCAGAGUCUGUGGAUGUAAAGCCUUAGCAUGUCUCAAGGCCAAAGAAAGCAUCGAUCAGUUAGUGUAUCUGUGUCGGACGGACAAAGAGGAAGUCCGAGAAGCUGCCAAACAGACUCUGCUGGUGCUUGGCGAGGAGGGGAAGAUGGCGCACAGACAUGUGGAGACGUCUCAGGACAGUUUACCCAGACUCUUCGCCCCAGGAAGCAUGGCCAGCACAGCUUUCUAACACCACACACACACACACACACACACACACACACACACACACACACACACACACACACAUACAAGCGCUUGCAAACACUGUGUGGGAAUAGGACCACUAAGUCUCCAAUACAUUAUGAAUGUUGUGCUUUGACACAUGUUGUGAUAAUAUACACUAUGCUGUUCUUCUACCCCAUUAUCACCACUAAUAGUAUACAUCAAUUCAGAGGGUUUACCUUAAUACUGACAUGACAGACAGAAACUGUACUUUGGGGUACUUCUGAUCUUUUUAAACCUAGGCCUGAGUGAAGAACACAAACAAACUGGCAGAUUGGACAAUUCUUGACCAGAAACUCCAGUGUUCUGUACGGCAAAAUUUAAAUUUUUGUCACUGGAGUUUGAUCACUGUGAAGUGAGUAAUGUAAGCCAAUGAAAAAAUUAAGAAGCAUCUUGCUUUGUAAGGAAAAAGGAGCAGGUGUAGAGAUAACAUUGCAGACAUUUCAGCUCAUUUUAUAACUGCUGGCUGAAGCACUCCACCGGAGCAGAACUUUUUUUUAUACCUGUCAGCAUUUAGAGAAGAAAAUAUGUUUAAAUAAAAUAGGAUGGCCAAGGAUUUAAAAAAAUCUUAACUCCUUAUUAACACUGGGCACAUUUGUUUCCAUCAAUAAGCUAUGAACACAUGUUAUAUAUCAGCCUGUGCUAACAAAUCAGUUGGACUUAUAGGGACGAAUGCACACUAGGAGCAGGCUUUAAUGAAAGAAUGUAAAGAGGAAGCUGCAGGAGGAUGAAACGGAUACUGAGGGAUGAAGGGGACAAGGAGGAACGUGUCUGUGUGGCCCUGAGGCAUUUCAUAAACACAUUACCAGACAGACUGUGCCGUUGCAGUUCUGUCUUUUCUUAGACACAGACACAUUAUUAUGAAGAAAGCUAUGUAAAAUCAUUUUUUAAAAUAAUUUUAAUUACACAACCUUCUAAGUGCCCUAACAUGUACAAAAUGUUGAGUUUCUUGUAUUUUAAUUUAUUUUUUACCUUUAAGUCUCUAUGGUUUUUGAGUUGUUAUGUGGCGAACCAGUCAGCACACACACUCUCCGAUCAGAUAAUGCUACCCCUGUCAUUCAUUCUCUUAGGGGCCCCUGCUGUCUCUAGAUUAGGAUAAAAGAUGUUUAUCCUGCUGCAGGGUGACAUCUUGGUCCUUGAAGUGACAUGCCUAACAGACAAUUCUGCCUUUACUUCACCUAAUUGUUUUUUAGAUUUGACUUGUUUUUUAAAGAUAUUUAAGCUUUCUAUUGUUGUUCAUCUGUGUCCAGGCCAAUGUAGCCUCGAUCGGGGGAACGCAGAGAAAUGGUUCAGAAAUAAAAUAUGUGCAAAGAUAAAUCAAAGCCAAAUCACAGAGAUGAUUCAUUUCUACAUGACUACUUUGGUCACUUAUUCAUUAGCGUUAGAACUGUCAGGUAGUCUCUACUCAAAGCGUUCAUGUUUGUUAACUUAAAAAGCGACGCAUGUCUCUAAUGUUGUAAAAGUGACAAAAUUCCCACUCCUCUGGUUUUUUUUUGUAGAAACACAUUUUUAGUCAAGAUGAGGCUUUAGCAGUUAGCCUUCUGGAUGUAUAGAAAAACAGCACUUCAUCUGAAAGUAUGUUUCAGUGCACAUGUGUAACUCGUUCAUGCUGAGCUGCGUGCAUGUUGCUUCACAGAGUAGGUUGUAUGAUAAAGCUGUGUGUAGCAGGGCUUCACUGUGUUACUCAGGAGGAGACAUUAGAGGUUAUUAAGGGAGGAAACCCUGCAGGACACUUUACAUUCAAACAUCUGCUGUCAACGACACACUUACACAUAAAACUGAACCCAAACCAGCACCUCUGCUGCUACUUGCGUGUUAACUGUGAAUAGUCUUCCACUCCGUUAUCUGUCUCGCAGGCCUUUCAGUUGAAUGUUGUCAGUUAAUUUGGCAACAGAUUAAAAAUGAAGAGAAGUAAUACUCACACUGUAGAUCUACAUAAAGAUUAUUUAAAGCUUUUUAAGUUGCAUCUGAACAGAAAAUGGUUCAAUCAAUUCAGUGCCAUUACUUUACUUAUCUGCUUCUUUAUGGAAAUUCAUUUAAUAUGACUUCAUGCCACUGGAAUGUAUUAUUUUCAAAUUGUAAAUUGCUUUAUCUUAGCAAAGUUUUGAUUUGUAAAUGUAUUCUAUGUUUUACAAGAUGCAUUUUUACUAUUACAAUGAUUAUUUUUAGCAUGAUGAAUUCAGUGAUUGACACUACUCUCUGUCACGGGUCUGCUGUUAAUGGAGGGCGUUCUGUAAAGAGUUACUGAGUAUUUGUGAAACUGUCAUGGACUGCAGCUGAUGAAAUUAUCUUUUGGGAAGGCCACAAAAGAUCCCAGAGUACAGAUCAAUCAUGACUUUCCUUUACAUCACUUUCAAAUAACAGUUUGAUCCUGAAAGCUCGUAGAGAGAAUAAUGACUACUGUUUCUUUGUUGUGUAAGUUUAAGCAUCCUUAUACAAGAAAAACAGGGACGACACUGUAAUACUACUGGAUUGAAUAUCCCAUAUAUCUAAUCCAGAUGUGGAAUCAUAAAUGAUUGAAGGACAACACCUGUGUCUUUAAAACUCGGCUGACCAUUUCCAGAAGUAACCGGCUUGAAUCCACUAACAUCAAAUUGAAGACUCGAUUUUGUAACUUUUUUGUGUGACUAUAAAUCGUUAUUACAAAAUCUCAUCACUUUGAGAUAUUCUACGUUUUUACAAGUUGCUACGUAAUAUUUAAGGCACAAGGAGGCAAACGUUUCAGUUGAGUAAAUUAAACUGUUUAAAAAAAGAGUAAUGAGGUCAGACAUGAAUAAAUAAUGCAGAUGUCAAAUUUUACAUUUCAAGAAUAAAGGUGUAGUUUCAGUUUAAGUGAAACUGUUUUUGUUUUUUUAUCAAAGAAAGGAUUUUUGAAUAUUAAAACUUCACUUUUUAGACACUAAAUCUCCUAAUGCUCUUCAGUAUGUUCCCACUCUAAAGCUCAUUUAUUAUUUUGUUUUUAUAUUACCUGUUUUUAGAAAGAAGGUUCAACAAACUCUCAGUCUAACCCUGAGCUCUGAGUUGAUUUAUCCUCAGGUGGGAAACUCUGAGAUUUCGGUUCCAGAACAGCUGAUUUAAGUUUGUUAAAUCAACUCUGAGUAGGUCCACUCUGUGUUCAGGCCGUGCACCAUGAGGAUAAAAAGCCAACAUUAAUGGAGCUCCUAUACUACGAUUCACCAAAGAGAUCCUCGAACUUUAACCAUCUCGAAAUAAUAUUAAAACUACCUGGGUUUUUAUUCAGUAAAACGCGCGUGAUACAGACUGAAUGAAUGAGGAAGUGAAACCGCAUUUCUGACUAUGAAAGAGGGAGGAGACAGGGAAGAACACGGGGUUUGUUGAAGAAAACCUGCUCCCGACCAGGUUGCGUUAACAGACUCCGUUACCAUAGUAACUGACCCAGAGCUAAAGUUACCUCCCUCUAUGGAACGGGCUAUAGUGACCUCUCUUUCUGAAACGUAAAACCCAGAGUUUCCCUCAUUUCAAGGUUAACUGACUCAGUGUUUACACUAAACCUGCUUUCUGAAACGGGGCCCCUGGAUGAUCGCCGUAAACUCAAGCCAGUUUUAUAUCUCUUUAACUUGACGGUGAAACUGUAUAAAAACAGAAUAUUGGGAAAUGGUCAGCAUGAAUCCAAGAUAGUUUUAUUUUUUUAUAAAGGGUAAAAGAAAAGAUGCUAAAACACAAUGCUUUAUGUUGAAAUCACAGGUAAAAAGCACCAAACAUUUUGCACUUCUCCACAGUCAGAAUCUGUAAUCAUAUGGCAAAAUGCCCAGCCCCUUUUGUUUCUGUUUAUUAUAAUUGAGUUUCAUCAGAUUCACAGAGACACUGCCGACAGUAACGUUGGCCCUCUGCCUUUUUCAUUUCCUGAGCACAGUGACUGUCAGGUCAUCUCUCCAGAAUGACAGUAUUUGUUAUUCCACUGAUAUCACCACAUACAGUCAUGCUCCAGCCUCAUUCAGUAUACUGAUAGCUUUCAACACAAUGGAUCAAUGUAAACACAGUUACAGUGAAAAGAAAAACAGAAAUGUGUAACUCACCAAUUGCUAUUGUUUUGCAUGCUAGCAGUGGGGCUCCACUGAUGACAGUGUCGGCCGUGAACCACUCAUUGUAAUAACUAUGGUGACAACCUGUCUUUUACUCCAGUGCCACCAUCAGGCCAAAUUUCAUCUUUUGUAUUAAUAAAUACCUGCAAAACUAAUGCAUGUAUAUAAGAAGUGGGCAUGGCCACUUUGACCACAGGCACUGGUUUGUGGAUUCAUUUUUGAAGCCUCCAUUUUGGUAUUUUAAUUGUCGCCAUCUUGUUUUUCAGAGUCAGAAGUGAUCAUAUUUACUAAAAGAGGGGGGAAUUGCUAUUGCAAUUGUGGAGACACAAGCAUUCAUCUAAAAGUGCUGUACCUCACAGGUAGCAUGGCUGUAGUUGUUAUAUCUUCAGUUGACCGUCCUUUGUACCACUGACACUCAGUUAUUUUAUGUAACAACAGUGUGCUCCAACAUCAAACCACAAUGGAUCAUUUUCAGUCUGACUACUGAUGGUUUUGCUGUACCUCAUUUGAUCUUUUUUCUCUUCACCUUAACAUGCUACAAACAGUUGUAACCAGUGUAGAAAUGCAAUCACAAUGUGCCAUGCCUUUUACGUCCCUUUAACUGACUGAGAUGUUCUUGGUAACACUAAACUGUAUUGAUGAUGUACUUCUGAAAACUAACUAAUCCGUGCUUGUAAGGAUGUGACCACUCGUACAGAGGAUUCAUGCUUUAAAAAAAAGUUUGUGUAAUGAGGAGAGGGAAUGUUUUAAUCAAAGUCACUCUUACAAAGCGUAUGGGCAAAACUAACGUCUUUGCAUGAAGUCUGCGCUCAUCCCCCCCGCCCUUUAUAGGGGUGAAUCUUGGAUCAGAAGUAUUUUUAACACGUUGCCCUUAUCCUCUACAGAAGGCAACAGUGAAUGGAAUUUAUUGAUAUGAGGGUUCAUCAGACAACUAGUAAAUUAAACUGUUUAAUUUGGAUGUUUAGUUAUUUUAUACAGCAUAUAAUGAGCAGCAGAAGCUGCAUUGUUACUGGAAUCACAAUGUUGGACUCAUGUCACAUGUCGGAACUCAAUAUUUGUUUCAAUAAUGGCUAUCACUGUAUUCAUUGCAUAGUGUAUAGGAAAGCAGAAAUCUAAAGCUUUACCUCUGCAUCCAAUAAGCAUCCCAGUGUUUAAGUGCCUCAAGCUUUGAUAGUAACAUAGAUGCAAUAAGACAUAAAUGAGAUGCUUUAUUUAAGAAUGAAGAGAGUGUGAAGCAGUGGAAAGCACUGCAGCACAGUAUAUUUUUUCCACAAUAUUGAUCAAGUGUGCAGCAUUGGAAACUAAAUGUUCUAUUAUUUUUUGUUUCUUUGCUAAGAUAUAUUUCCAGGAAUUCUGGUGUCAAAUAUAUGCAAACUAUUAAAAAAAAAUGUUUAAAGAUU